AGUAACCCGUCUUUGGGUCUGUUCCGACACCGCUCCUCCCAUCAGUAACACCCCCCUUGUGACCUCUGCCCACACACACACUCACUCACACAUGCCCAACUCAAUCAGCCAUAUCCGCAGUCUCCUCCCCCCCUUCGCGCCGCAACACGAAAACCACGUCACCUCCCAUCUCUCUCCUCUUCACAACAAAACACCUCUGCAAUCCACCACUCCUCGUCGCAAACUUAUUUCUUCCCUUCAUCUACCUCAAUAACUCGACUCUGCAGCUUCAGAAAGCUUUAUCACGCCCUCUUCCC